AUGACACACAUCUCGGCGCUCUCAGAUGAUAUCUUAGAUGUUAUCCUGAAUCACCUUAUAAAAACGGAAAUACCUUCUAUUCCCCCGUCUACUGAACCCGAGCGUGAAGAAUGGAAUCAAACAAUUGUGACCAACAUGCGAAAAGUAGCUAGCUUGAGAUUCGUAUGUCGACAAUGGGCUAAGUGGCUAUACGAACGUCACCUCUACCACAUGCUAUGGUUCCACAAUUCCGCUCAGUCGGAUGCAUUCAUCAGCCAACUCGAUGAACGACCGAACCCGGUCCUACCCAGGUGCUGUUAUCUAAAGGUCUCCGAACUCUGGACUUGGGGACCUCUGCCUCGCUUGUACACAGAUAUGAAGACGGAGUUUAGGAAUCUAGAUGCUUUGCUUGACCGAUUCUCCGAGACGAUCUGCGCACUUGACAUCGAAGUUGUAAAUUUCUUCACGCUUCCAAUUGCUACGAUCGAACGCAUACGAGACAUUCCAAAUUUGCAGUCUCUGAAACUUGGCAUAAACUUCACCAAAGGAACAAAAUUGAGAGGCGUGGCCGUCGACAGGGCUCAACUUCCCAGGGGUCUCCCACUCGAUUCCGAAUGUCUCAGUUCUUUGCUCAGAGCCACUCAUCCGCGGGUCGUGUUCGUGGACUUUACCGAUUUCCGCCCAGUUUGUUCACCGAUGACGCUGGGCUCUAGCCUGGGCGACCAUCAUUUGUCGGGAAUUACAACUUUGAAGCUUGACGUGAAAGUGGAGGGGAACCUUAACCAAAAUGGUAUUGUGAGUUUGGCGGCGAGGCUACCGAAUCUCAAGACGCUUUCAAUCGGCGGUGCCGGUUAUGACGGCCAACUCCUCCGUCCACUUUUUGAAUGUCUCAGAGAGCAGCUGGAAGAACUCAUCAUAAACGACGUAAGGAUCAUAGAACCCAUCGUCACCUGGAACUUUCCAAAAUUACGACUUUUCCGGCUUCACGAUUGGGACAGGAAUUUCCGGGACUUCUUGAAGAACAACAUGUUUUCGUCCGCUGCGCUACGAGUUCUCUCGUUCAACUCUUUUCCGUUUCACAAAAAGAGGCCAGCUUUCCUCGAGAUCCCUUGGGAAAAGCUCCAUAUACAGCAACUCGAAUUCCACUUCACUUCGCACUUCCCACCACCGAGACAAUACUACGAAGAGGCCUGCAGGGAUCGGCGUGUGGAAUGUGUUUGUACCUACCAUGGCGAUAUAAAUUUGAGAGAAGAUGACCGCCUGAAUUCCGAUCUUUCCUCCGCUUUCCAAACAGGACUUAGAUUUUGA